AUCAUGAAGCUGACCAUCAAAACACUCGACCAGAAAACCUUCUAUGUGGAAUUCGAUGAAACGAAAACCGUUUGGGACUUGAAGGCACAAAUCGUGCCCGAAGUUGGUGUCCAGCCGGAACUGCAAGUGGUGGUGUAUGCCGGACGUGUGUUAGACAAUGACCAGGUUUUGAAAACAUAUAGUAUCGAUGAGCGCAAAUUCUUGGUGGUAAUGGCCAAGAAGGUGCCACAACCGGCUACGGCAGCUGCCAAGGAACCGGACUCAAAAACUGCUAGCGAACCGGCAACAAAAACUACAACUAGUGAACAGAAAAAGGAAACAACACCGGCUGCUGCAACCACAACCGCAACAACAACCAGUACAUCCGCCUCGACAGUCGGCAGUGAAAGUGCACCAGCAGCAGCCCGGGAGUCAUCGAGUGCUGCCAGUAAUAUAUUGGGUGUCAUGGACGUUUCGCCCACAGCUGCCGCCAAUGAGUCAAUGGUUCGUGAAAUAAUGAGCAUGGGUUAUCCCGAAUCCGAUGUACGUCGUGCCCUAUUGGCCAGUUUCAAUAAUCCCGAUCGGGCCAUUGAAUAUCUGAUUGAAGGCAUUCCCGAUAUACCGGAUAUAAUGGACACCGCACCACCCUCUAUACCGACAGUGAAUCCACCAAGCGGUGGUGCCGGUUCGGGCGGAGCAACUUCCUUGAAUUUCUUGCGUGAAGAUCCUCGUUUCAAUCAAAUGCGUCGAGUAAUACGCCAACGUCCCGAACUGUUGAGCAGUGUUUUGGCCCGCAUCGGUGAAACCAAUCCGAAUUUGUUAGCAAUUAUACGCGAAAAUCAAGACGAAUUUGUGGCCAUGCUCAAUGAAGAGGUUAGUGGUGGUGGAGGCGGCAGUGGUGGUGCCGGUAGUGGUGGCGUGGAAGCUGGUGAAUCUCUUGGCCGUGUUGGUUCCGAAUCUAGAGAGGAUGUUGUGGAAAUCAUCCUAACCGAAGAGGAAAAACAGGCGGUAGAUCGUUUGGUUGGCUUGGGAUUUCCACGAGAAAUUGUGUUGCAGGCCUUCAUUGCCUGCGAGAAGAAUGAAGAACAAACAGCCGAUUUCUUGUGUCGACACAUGGAGGAUUAAACGAG